AUGCCAGUCCCAUUCGAAGCUCUCAUACCUUUCGGUCUUUUAACAGUAUGUUUCGCUGCUACAGGAACUUUAUUCUCCAUCGCUAAACGAGCUACGAAUGACUGGAAGCCUCCAAGAUACAACAUUGAUACUUGGGACGAAAUGAUGAUGGAACGUGAUAGACGACUGACUGGAUCUUUCAGAGGACAAAGUACCGAACCAAUAGCGCCUAAAGAGUUCGCGACCAAUUCCGUCUGGCAGACUGAACGUGUCAAUUAG